AUGGCAGUCAAAUGGACUGGUGGACAUUCAUCCUCUAUAUUAUGCUUGAACGUAAACACGGAAGGGUUGGUGGCUUCAGGCGCGGAGCGAGGCGAGGUCACGCUCUGGGAUGGGGGAGGCACUCCUACAGGGCAGCUCCAGCUCCCGAAGACAGACGACGUGACCUCUGUGGUGUUCUCUCCUCGCCAUCCCACCAGACUGUACACUUCCCACGGAGAAACUAUCAGUUUGCUAGAUGUCCGAUCCCUCAAGGAGCCCGUUGAACGCUUCCACGUGAAUGAGGAGGAGAUCAACUGCCUCUCAGUGAAUGAGACCGACAAUUUCUUGGCUGCGGCAGAUGACUCGGGGGCAAUAAAGGUGGUGGACUUGGACAACAAGAAAGUCAUCCGGUCCUUGAGACACUCAAACAUCUGCUCCUCUGUUGCUUUUCGACCUCAGAGGCCUCAAAGCCUUGUUUCCUGUGGUCUGGACAUGCAGGUUAUGCUGUGGAACCUGCAGAAAGCUCGCCCCUUGUGGUCCACAAACCUGCAGGAGUGUGAAACGGAGGAAGACAAUCUACAGUCAGCUGGCCAGUUCUUUAACCCGCCACUUGCACAUUCCCUGUCUGUCGCAUCGUGCGGCAACAUCUUUGGUUGCGGAGCUCAAGAUGGUAAAGUCAGGAUAUUCAGGGUCACUGGUGUCAAGUUUGAACGCGAGUUGGAGUUUGAAGCUCACAGCUUGGGAGUAUCGCAGGUCCUCUGUAUGCCAGAAGCGUACUGGUUGUUGACUGGAGGAAACGAUGGGAAAGUCUUGCUCUGGGAUGUCAGCAGCGUCAUUGGAAAGCAGCAGAAAAGUCCAGCAAAAUCUCUCCAGAGGAGGAAGGCCCAAGCACCUGCAUCUACCAGAAAAGAUGGGAAGCUCAACAAAGUGGCUUCAAAUGAACAUGCCAGAGUUUUACCAAAGCUAACCAUUGAGCACGGGGAGAAGGUGAACUGGAUCUCGUGUAUGGAGAUCAAAGGCUCCAAGAGAGUAUUAGUUGUUGAUCAGAGUAGUUCUGUGUCUGUGUAUCCAUUGCCAGAACCCUAG